AAGAUCAGCACGGCUUCCGCAACUGGCCUACGGGGCAUCCUCGCUGGGGUCCUCGGCGCAAUUCGCUCCUCCUUUGCUACAUCUACCGCUGCACAGACCUCCACGAGGUCAGUCAUGGCCCACGCUCCUCUCCGGGUGGGUGUAGUCCAAUUCACGCCUUACCAUGGCAGGCCAGAAGAGUCGAGGAAGAAGAGUCUCUCCAAGAGGCUACAGUGCUACACCCUCAUGGGUUUCCCAGAAGUCGUGAAAUCAUCGCCAAAGUCCUCAACAGGAGCAGAGGUCCCGGUGGUCAGUCCUCCCUUCGAUGCUCGGCCUAUCCCCUCCCCUUCUCCCGCUCCUCCCUCCUACCCAGCCUACUACAAUUCCGCCCUCCUCACCUCCCCUACGGGUCAAGUCCUACACAGCUUCCGCAAGCACUUUCUCUUCCAAGCCGACGAGAGCUGGUCUCUCGAGGGUCCAGGAUUUCAACACAUCGACCUUCCGCCUCCUCUGGGACGCCUUGCCGUGGCAAUCUGCAUGGAUCUCAACCCGUAUAGGUUCGAGACGCCUUGGGAGAAGAUGGAGCUGACGCGCUGGUGUGAGGAGCAAGAGGUGCAGACACUGGUCAUGCCUAUGGCUUGGUUGAGGGGAGAGGUCGAGGGAAGUGAAGGAAAGAUUGGACAGGGAGGAGAAGGGGAGGUGAACUUGAACGUGGUCAAUUACUGGGCGGGUAGGUGCGAGCCUUUUUGGGAGAAGAGGUCAGAGGGGGGCCGACCCGCUAGACAAACUCUGUUCGUCACAAGCAACAGGACGGGGACUGAAGGAGACUCGACUUUUGCAGGCACAUCGUCAGUAUUGCUCUUCGAGCACGGUAAGCGACCUGAGCUACUAGCGUGCAUGGGCGAGACACAAGAAGGCUUGUUGCACUGCGAUACCAACAGAGACAAAGACAAGGUAUAAAGCAUUGACUAGCAGUAGUAAUUCACGCAAUGUAAUAGUACAAGAGUUUUCUUCACGCUUCAUGCCCUUCGUGUCCUAAAGGCAAUGGUACCGACGGCUACCCCUGCUCCCGAUGCGAAACCCAUCAGACCAGCCGCCCAGGGCGAGAUGUAUCCGACCACUGGACAGACAGCAAAGAGUCUCUUUGCGAUGCUGUGCAGGUUCGGUGCAUACGCCUU